AUGAAAAACCAUGGAGAAAUGAAAAGAUAACUAAUUGAAAUAAGAACUUCAAAGUUUAAUAGGGACAUGAAUUAGAAGGACAGAACAAAUAUUGAAGAAGAGGGCCAAGUUGAUCAAGACUAAGAAAUAAUUUACUGUGAAAGAUGUGGAUCGGGACCUUAUAGAAGUGCAUGA